UGUCCAGAUAUGAACAACUGUAGUUGAGAUUGGGAAUGACACCAGCUUGUCAUAAUUUAAGAAAUGCAGUCUAUCCUGGUGUUUUUGCUGUCAUGGAUCUGGAGUUGUUCUGUCAUAACAACAUCCCCAGCUGCAGACCCACACCUGCAGAGAGCUCUGCAGCUCAUGUCUGAGACACCGCUCAUCGAUGGCCACAAUGACCUGCCCUGGCAACUGAGGAAGCAGUUCAACAACCAGCUCUGUAAGGUGGAUCUGAACACACUUCAAACAACACACACCAACAUUCAGAAGAUCAAAGGUGGUCGACUGGGAGCACAGUUCUGGUCGGCUUAUGUCUCGUGUGACACUCAGUAUAAAGAUGCUGUCAGACAGACACUGGAGCAGAUCGAUGUGAUCCACAGGAUGUGUCGCAAAUACCCGGAAACCUUCAUGUUCGCCACAAGCAGUGACGACAUCAGGACGGCCUUCAACAUGAAUAAGACAGCCAGUCUGAUCGGGGUGGAGGGGGGUCACUCCAUCGACAGCAGCAUGGCCACCUUGCGCAUCAUGUACGAGCUGGGGGUCCGAUACCUCACACUCACGCACUCCUGCAACACACCCUGGGCAGAUAACUGGCGUGUGGACACUGGAUCAGAGCCGUCCCAACACAAUGGCCUGUCUCCGUUUGGAAAGCGACUUGUUGUGGAAAUGAACCGUCUGGGGAUGAUGAUCGACCUCGCUCAUGUGCCUGUAGCAGUGAUGAAACAGGUGCUGAACUUGUCCAAAGCUCCAGUCAUCUUCAGUCACUCAUCUGCAGAAAAACUCUGUCCACACAAAAGGAAUGUCCCAGAUGAUGUCCUCAGACCGGUGAAUGAAACACGGGGAAUCGUCAUGGUGAACGUCUACGACUAUGUGAGCUGCAGCAAAACAGCUAAUCUCUCAGACGUCGCUGAUCACUUUGAUCAUAUAAAGAAAGUUGCUGGUGUGGGCGCUGUUGGUUUUGGUGGAGAUUAUGAUGGAGUCACAAGGCUACCAGAGGGUUUGGAGGACGUGUCCAAGGUGCCAAAUCUGGUGGCUGAACUCCUGAGGAGAGGAUGGACUGAUGAGGAGGUCAAAGCUGCUCUCGGUAACAACCUACUCCGAGUCCUGGAUGAGGUUGAGAUUGUCCGAGACAGUCUAAAUGGUACUGAUCCAGAUGAUGUUCCUAUUCCUUAUGAUGAGGUGAAGAACCCUUGCAGAACGAGCUAUGGUUACCCCAACUCUGCAGCACUCCAUCCCCUCAGUAUGCUGACUCUUCUCCUCAUGAUUGCUCUGCAAAUAUUGACCACAUCACCGCAGCUGAGCAGCAGAUAAUAAAGGCUCAGAUCUCAUCAUCACAGACGGAGUUCACCUCAGCUGGCCGUUUAUCCCAUCAAGAAGAGGCUACUGUCUGAAUGCAUGUAGUCAAAGGCUCAUAACUAAUCUGAAGUUAUGCACAAAAGUGUUUGUCAACAAUGUCUCAAAGUAUUUCUGUAAGAAGAGCUCCACCUAGUGUUGUGAGAGGGUAAACUAUUACUCAUGUAGCUCAUUU